AUGUUGCCUUUGCUAAAACAGAAGGUCAAAGAGAGAGAGGAGCAGGUCAAAGAGAGAGAGGAGCAGGUCAAAGAGAGAGAGGAGCAGGUCAAAGAGAGAGAGGAGCAGGUCAAAGAGAGAGAGGAGCAGGUCAAAGAGAGAGAGAAGCAGGUCAAAGAGAGAGAGGAGCAGGUCAAAGAGAGAGAGGAGCAGGUCAAAGAGAGAGAGGAGCAGGUCAAGGAGGGAGAGGAGGAGGUCAAGGAGGGAGAGGAGCAGGUCAAAGAGGGAGAGGAGCAGGUCAAGGAGGGAGAGGAGCAGGUCAAAGAGGGAGAGGAGCAGGUCAAGGAGAGAGAGGAGCAGGUCAAAGAGAGAGAGGAGCAGGUCAAAGAGGGAGAGGAGCAGGUCAAAGAGAGAGAGGAGCAGGUCAAGGAGGGAGAGGAGGAGGUCAAGGAGGGAGAGGAGCAGGUCAAAGAGGGAGAGGAGCAGGUCAAGGAGGGAGAGGAGCAGGUCAAAGAGGGAGAGGAGCAGGUCAAAGAGGGAGAGGAGCAGGUCAAGGAGGGAGAGGAGCAGGUCAAAGAGGGAGAGGAGCAGGUCAAGGAGGGAGAGGAGCAGGUCAAAGAUACCAGUGCAGUUGGUAUUGGCCCCUAG